UUAAUAUGGUUACCAAUCCAGAUCGACUGGUAAUUCCUUGAAAGCGCGCGACUAAGGCACAAAUUUGUUAGGCUUCUGCAGUAAUGAGGAACGAUGCUGCACGGAAUCGUGGAUCUGGAAGUCGCCGAAAUGCUGCAGACCAGGUCAAUGAGGCUCUCGAGCUCUUCCCUGUACAAAGAUGUCAAACAGAUACCACUGAGGUUCGCCACCCAGCCGUGAAAGACGACUACAUUGUCAGUUCAACAAGAUCAUCAAUUAAACAAGUGUACGAUGUGAUAUCAUCAUUCACCGAACAAAAAAGGGAUUUGGUCAGAUCAAUCGGUUUCGGAGGGAUUCUGUUAUUCCCUCCGCUGAAGAAUAUCAAUCGCAGAUUUGCAGUGUGGCUAAUGAGCAGAGUAGAUCCUCUGUCACAGACAAUUGUAGUUAAUAACUGUAAGAGAAUCAAGUUUAACAAAACGGACGUGGAGAAAGUAUUCGGAAUACCUUGCCAUGGUAAGGUUGUAUCGGAUUGUAACAUGCCACGAAAGGUUAUAAUUCCUACGGUCAAAAAGUCUUACCCGGGAACAGACGCAAGGGAGAAUCGAAGUAUAAAGGCAGCACAAGAAGUAGUAGAGAAGCAGUGUAGUGGCACUAUGACAGAUACAGAACAGGAUGCAUUUAAAGUUGCAUUUGUAAUAUAUCUAAUGUCAACUUUACUAGCUCCUGGAUCAAAGUAUGACUAUGUCUCUUUGGAAUAUUGGGGCGCUCUGGUUGAGCCAGCAAGCAUCAAAGAUUUCGACUGGUGCGAGUAUGUACUCAGAAAAUUAUUACAAGCAGUUGUCAAGCUGAAGAAUGAACUACAAGUAGGCAACAAGGUUUCCAAUAUUACAGGGUGCUCUGUCUUCCUACAGAUUCUGUACCUGGACAGUAUAGAUAUUGGAGUAAUGAACAUGGAGCAUUCAUCAUUCCCGCGAAUCAAGCAUUUCGCAGCAGAAGAGCUGAAAUCAAUGAUUCUUGCUGACAGCUUAAGCAGGAAACCAGACAACCUCGACUUUGAGUAUGGGAGAAGUCAGAGUACACCAUCUGUUCAGAUUACGCCUCCUGUUCAGAGUACUAGCGCUGCUCCGCCUGUUGAAGUAGCUCCUGAGCCUGCGAGCGAACAACAAGCUGAGCAAAUGGCGCCAAAUGCUGAAGUUGAGAACCCUGUCGAGGUGCCUCAGACUGCACCUCAACCAGCACCUCAGCCUGUUGAACCAUUAAGAAGAUCACAGUGGGCUAGGAAACAGACAGUUUUCCCUGAUUAUGAGACAUACUUAAGUGAAGACAUGUAUGAUAUUGGGAAAGCUGAUGAUCCUAACUCAUUUAGAGAGGCAAUAUCAUGGAUGCUUCUUCAGUUUAUUAAGAUGUUGUCUGAUGGUUUAUUCCCUUCAUGA